AAACCGCGCCGGUGCGGCGAGCGGCCGGCAGCUCGCGGUGCGGUAGCGCCAUGCCCAGCCGGCCCGAGGACUACGAGGUGCUGCUCACCAUCGGUGCUGGCUCCUACGGCAAGUGCCGCAAGGUGCGGCGCAAGGCCGACGGCAAGAUCCUAGUAUGGAAGGAACUCGACUACGGCUCCAUGACGGAGACGGAGAAGCAGAUGCUCGUUUCGGAGGUAAAUCUGCUCCGCGAGCUGCGACACCCCAACAUCGUCCGCUACCACGACCGCAUCAUCGACCGGAGCAGCACCACCCUCUAUAUCGUGAUGGAGUACUGCGACGGCGGCGACCUGGCCAGCCUCAUCGCGCGCUGCACCAGGGACAGACACUACUUGGAAGAAAGCUUUGUUCUCCGAGUACUGACUCAGCUGACGUUGGCCUUGAAGGAGUGCCAUAGGCGGAGUGAUGGCGGAGUCACUGUACACCGUGACUUAAAACCAGCGAAUGUCUUCCUGGAUGGCAAGCAGAAUGUUAAACUUGGAGAUUUUGGACUGGCUCGAAUAUUGCAUCACGACACCAGCUUUGCCAAAACUUUUGUUGGAACCCCAUACUAUAUGUCUCCAGAGCAAAUUAACCACAUGUCAUACAACGAAAAAUCUGACAUUUGGUCUCUAGGAUGUCUUCUAUAUGAGUUAUGUGCUCUCACGCCUCCAUUUACAGCUUACAACCAGAAGGAGCUGGCAGAAAAGAUAAGGGAGGGGAAGUUCAGACGAAUACCGUAUCGUUACUCAGAGCAAUUGAACGAACUUCUCAAAGAGAUGCUGAACUUAAAGGAUUAUUGCCGACCUUCUGUUGAAGAUAUUCUGCAGCAUCCCUUGAUAGCAGAUUUAGUGGCAGAAGAACAGAGAAAAAAUCCUGAUAAAAGAGGCCGGAGAUCAGGAGAGCCAGAGAGGGUGCAGCAUUCGGAUGCUCCGGUGAAUGAACUGAAGCUGAAGGAGCAACAACUACAUGAAAGAGAGCAAGCCAUUAAGGACAGAGAGCAACGAUUGGAGCAGAGAGAACGGGAACUCUGUGUUCGAGAGAGACUGGCAGAGGACAAACUUGCUAGAGCUGAAAAAUUGAUGAGGAACUACAGUCUCUACAAACAGCAGAGGACAUUAUCUUCUGUAGAUGGCCCAGAUAAUGCACUCCUGCUCCCCUUUUCAACAACCAAGAAGAAGGUCCACUUUGGUGGAAGUGAAGAGGAUGGUAUACCUUCUGUUAAUGUGGAGAACUAUCCCCUUUCGAAAGGGAAAUGCUCUGAUCUCAAAAGACGCCUUUAUGCUGCAAAUCUACGAGCUCAAGCACUGUGUGAACUGGAAAAGAACUAUCAACUAAAGAGCAGACAAAUCUUGGGCAUGCGCUGAAACUGUAACAUAGGUGUACAGUAUUUAUCUUUUUAGAGUUAUUAUAUGUUUAGGACGGUACUUAUGCCUUCCUCUUUUAAGCUGGAACCUACUGAAAAUAUAUUUUAAAUCUUUAUACAAAUUAUUUUUUCCUAAGGGCAUAAGAGGUUAUGUUCCAAAAGAGGUCAUUUUGAUAUCAAACAAGCUGAGCUGUAUUAUUAAAAAUAUAUUUUUUUGCUUUU